AUGCCGUUCUUAAUCCAGGCACCGAGCGAGCCGGGAAAGAUUGCGAUGUACUCGCCGGCGUUCUACGCCGCCUGCACCUUUGGAGGGAUCUUGAGCUGUGGAUUGACUCACAUGGCCGUUACUCCUCUCGAUCUCGUCAAAUGUAACAUGCAGAUUGAUCCUGCGAAGUACAAGAGCAUCUCAUCAGGAUUUGGAGUUUUGUUAAAAGAGCAGGGAGCCAGAGGAUUUUUCAGGGGAUGGGUGCCAACCUUGCUUGGCUACAGUGCUCAGGGUGCCUGCAAGUUUGGAUUCUAUGAAUUCUUCAAGAAAUACUAUUCAGAUCUUGCUGGACCUGAGUAUGCAACUAAGUACAAGACACUGAUCUACUUAGCUGGGUCGGCAUCUGCUGAAGUGAUUGCCGAUGUGGCACUUUGCCCCAUGGAAGCUGUAAAAGUUCGGGUCCAGACACAACCAGGUUUUGCUAGAGGAUUGAGCGAUGGGCUCCCCAAGUUUGUCAAAGCAGAAGGAGCAAUGGGGUUGUACAAAGGAAUAGUACCACUAUGGGGUCGCCAAAUUCCUUACACGAUGAUGAAAUUUGCGUCAUUUGAGACCAUUGUUGAGAUGCUCUACAAGUAUGCCAUUCCCACACCAAAGGACCAGUGCAGCAAGACUCUUCAGCUGGGAGUCAGCUUUGCGGGUGGUUAUGUUGCUGGAGUGUUCUGUGCUGUUGUCUCUCACCCGGCUGACAAUCUUGUGUCUUUCCUGAAUAAUGCUAAGGGCGCAACUGUUGGUGAUGCUGUGAAGAAGCUUGGAAUGUUGGGCUUGUUCACCCGUGGGCUGCCUCUCCGAAUUGUCAUGAUUGGUACUUUGACGGGAGCGCAAUGGGGAAUUUAUGAUGCUUUCAAAGUCUUUGUUGGCCUGCCAACAACGGGUGGAGCUGCUCCUGCUACACCCACGCUCCAACCUGCAAAAUGAGCAGUUGCAUCAAGUAGCUGCAGAGCGAUUUAGGGAUUUUAUUUAAUAACAAGACUCACUGAUUGAUUUGCUCCUCUGCCAAUGGAGUGUAUACUAUUUUUUAUGAAGCAUAGUUAUAUCUCCUAUCGCAGCUUGUAGAAUAUCUAGGGAUGGUUUUGUUCUCAUCCUUCAGAUACGAGAAAAGCAAAAUGGGAAAGCUUUUUUGGUAUAGGAGCACAUUUUUAGUAGAUAAUAAAUUUUGGACUAGAGGCAGUGAUCUGCCCUGUUGUACCUUCCAUUGUUGUAUUCAAAUUUUAAUUUGCAUCUUUGUUUCCUGGCAUUA